AGGAGUGGAGAGGCCUGCAGGAGAGGCAGGAAGGCGGGGACAAGGCGGGAAUGGGGUAUAAAUUCGAGGCGGCUGCGGCAAGAGCAGAGGCGCCGCUGAGUCCGGGGGAGCCACCUUCCAAGCCCGGUGGCUUCCAGCCGAGAUCCUCCCCGGGGUCCGCAGGGGCAUCCCCGGACGUCCCGGAGAGCGAUCGAUAGAAAGAGGGCGGCAAAGUCAUGCGCGCCUUGGCCAAGUCUGGGCCCAAUGCGUCCUGGUGGGCGCUGGCCAACGCAUCGGGCUGUCCGGGCUGUGGCGCCAACGCCUCGGACGGCCCGGUCCCCGCGAUGCGGUCCGUGGACGCCUGGCUUGUGCCGCUCUUCUUCGGCGCGUUGAUGCUGCUCGGCCUGACGGGGAACUCGCUGGUCAUUUUCGUCAUCUGCCGCCAAAAGCAGAUGCGCACGGUGACCAACUUCUACAUAGCCAACCUGGCAGCCACGGACAUGACCUUCUUGCUGUGCUGUGUGCCCUUCACCGCCCUACUCUACCCACUGCCUGCCUGGGUGCUGGGUGACUUCAUGUGCAAGUUUGUCAACUACAUUCAGCAGGUCUCGGUACAGGCUACGUGUGCCACUCUGACCGCCAUGAGUGUGGACCGCUGGUACGUGACGGUGUUCCCGCUGCGCGCCCUGCACCGCCGCACGCCCCGCCUGGCGCUGUCAGUCAGCUUGGGCAUCUGGGUGGGUGAGUGCAGCGCGGGAGCACACGGGGUGGGGGGACAAGUCCCUGUGCCCUGGGCGCCUUCCUUCUCGCCAUCUCUCUCUGGGCGUCGGGAAAUGCGCGCCAUAGCGCUCCCAGCGAAGAAGCGCUGAGCGCGCAGACUGGGGAGGCUCCUGGGAGACCAGGGCCCGGGCCCCCUCCUGGCCCUCGUCCCCGGGCAAGGUCUGCAGCUGCGCCUCUCUAAGGGAAGGUCCCACAGCCUCUCCUCCUCCCACCCCCUGCACCCCCAGGGGCAGAUGCUGGCGGAGCGAGCGGACGCUGUGCGGGCCAAGGUGUCAAGGCUGGUGGCGGCCGUGGUCCUGCUCUUCGCUACCUGCUGGGGCCCCAUCCAGGUGUUCCUGGUGCUGCAGGCACUGGGCCCGUCGGGCUCCUGGCACCCUCGCAGCUACGCGGCUUACGCGCUGAAGAUCUGGGCGCACUGCAUGUCCUACAGCAACUCCGCCCUGAACCCGCUGCUCUACGCCUUCCUGGGCUCGCAUGAGCCGACUCUGGUGGAAUCGAGGCGAUGCAGCGCCAUCUAG